AUGGCGGCACACGCAAUACUAACCUCUGGGGUGCGACAAAGAAUUGGAAACGAACAAACGACUCUGAUAUGGGGACACCCUUGGCUGCCGGAUAACCCUAGCCCCUUAGUCCAAAUGGAUAUGCCAAAAGAGUUUAGAGAAGCACGGGUAGCAGGUUUAAUUGAUCCACAAACAAAUACUUGGGAUCCCCAUAUUCUAUCUGAUCUAUUUAUUCCUGAGGAUGUGAACCGGAUCACUAUGAUCCCUGUUAGCCCUGCUUACGACGACUCAUGGUAUUGGAUGGGAGACCCAAAAGGGACAUACACAGUAAAAAAUGCUUAUAGGUGUACUGUUGGAGAUUUUGAAAACAACCAAGGGGCUUUUGAUAAAUGGGUUACAUUGUGGAAAUUCAAGGUUCCACCAAAAUGGAAGACGUUUUUGUGGAGAGCCAUAUGUGAUAUUCUGGCCACUAUCACUAAUCUGAUUAUAAAGAGGGUGGAAGUAGACCCAACAUGCCCAAUGUGUGCUUUAGAUCAUGAAGAUGUGUUGCAUGCUUUAGUGUUCUGUGAAUAUUCUACACUUGUUUGGAAUGUAACACAAUUACCUAUCACAAAUAUUGCUACAGAUUCCUUUUCAACAUGGCUUAUGAGAGCUUUGGCGGUCUUAACGGAGGAGCAAAGCAAACUGUUGGUGGUUGUGCUAUACCACAUUUGGAGAAGUCGCAACUCAGCUAUGUGGAAGGGAUCUUUAAUGUGGUCAGCCGACGUCUGGAGAGGGGCUGCAACAUCCAUGCAGGCUUACAGCGUUGCGCAUCACCGCCAAGCACAGCCGGCUCCGACACCAUCUGCUGGAACGGAGAUGCACGGCAAUCUAAGGUGCUAUGUGGACGCGGGUUUUCGGCAGGACACCGGAGACGCCACAUACGGCAUUGUGUUAAUUUCACCAGAGGGCUCUUUCAUAGCGACAAAAAAUGGCAAAAUACCAUUUUGUUUCUCACCACUUAUGACGGAGGCACAAGCUUAUAAGGAGGCGUUAUCUUGGCUACUAGAAAGGAACAUCACAACAGUAUAUCUGCUCACGAAUUGCAUGGUAUUACGAGUUGCUUUGCAGCAGCAUAACACACCAAUCUACUCUUAUGCUGGGGUCAUGAAAUAG